AUUUUUAUUGGUCUAUUGGUGGUAGUCCUCCGAUUGAUUGAGCUAAUGAAUUGAAUUGAGGACAAAAUCGAGAUUUCACGCCUUAAUGAAUAGGUAGGGUUCCGAGAGUCUUCGCUUGCGCCGCUCAUUGUGUUUCUUGCUUCUGCUCCGUUUCUUUCUUCCUUUCUUCUCCCGUUCUUUCUUCCUUUCUCCUUUCUUUGUUUUUCACUUCUUCUCUUUCUUCUUUAAUUGAACAUUAAAUAACAGUGCAAGACAAAACAAAGGUCACAUGUUGGUCUUCUUCCAGAGCUUCUCUCCCCUUCCAUUUUUCUUUCCUUUCUUUGGCAAGAAAAUAAGAUUCGGGAUUUUCUCUCCCAGAGAUGUCAAAAUGUUUUUCCUCCUCUUAUUUUCUCUUCAUCUCUCCAGUUUUUUUCUGCACCGCCAUCUACCCAAAUCGUUCUUCCUCUCAUCAGCUGAAUCAUGUGUACGCUGGAUCAUCCACCAUUAUAAAAGCAAAAAAAAAAAAAUAUGGAGAUCGUUUUCCCUUUUAAACUUUCUUCAUCUCCUUCUAAAAAAUUGUCAUCUUUAUCGGUGAUUUUUGUGGGUUUUUUUUCCUAAUACUUGAUUGUACUUUCUAUGGUGUUGUAGGUGGAAAGGUUGAAUAUUUACAUUGACUCCAGAUUCAAGGGAUUUUUUUUUAUGGAGAGCAAUGAAGGAGGGGAUGAUAAUGUUCUGGAUGGUUUCGCAAGUCAAAAAAGCUUCUGAGGUCUUCAAGAAAGCAGGGACUUAUGAUGACAAAAAGUUUUUUGGCGUCACUAUACUCGAUGUUGUCAGGGCGAAGACAUUCUAUGCUGGGAAGGCCGAAGUCAAUGUUGCAGGAAAUGACCAUAUUUUCUGUUUUGUUACUGGUGGGUCUGCUCAUGUGCAAAUGCAACUUAGCACCAAAGAGUGUGAGAGUCUGGGAUUAACUGGUCUGGCUCUCUGCUUAGACUGCAACACUUUUGCUGAGUACGUCAAGGACCAAGGAUCUAUUGAGGCAUGAGAGUAACAGAAGCCGUGGUGACAUCCCUUUCAUGUAUGUCAUUAUUGUGGGUUUGCUUGGCCUUGUUCUGGGUUAUCUUUUGAAGAGGACGUAAUCAAUCAAGGUUUGGCGUAACCUGCAAUAUCAUGUGUUACAGUCUGUUUCAAAAUAUUUAGAUCAUUGAAGACAAAUGUACAACUGAUCGGGAAGCGCUCAGUAUCAUGUAGCCAUCUGAUUGACUGUAGAAACAUGCUUAAGAAGGUGCUUGAUGGAUUUUUGUUAUUGCCUUGAGGGCUUUAGAGCAUUCAUUGUGUGACUAAUUGCUGUAACGUGUUAUUUUGGAAACUUAAGCGAUGGACAUAUUUUUAUCUUGCUUCUUGUUUUCUUUCCCUUUCUAAUGCCUUAAUGUUCAAUCA